UUUUAAUUCCAACAAUUUUUUGUCAUCUUAAGCUCCGUCUCAAAAUUCGUCUCCCUCGUAUCUGUCUGGUUAUGUGGUAUUCGGCCACUGCAACUGAGCGUGUAGAGAUCAAGAGAUGUCAGGGCGUGAAUGCUGCGAGAAUCCACCGGCUUUGAGCUCAAGCAGCGGAAAUGGGUGUGUGUUACAACUUGGAAGCUUCAACACAUACGUCUCUGGUCCUUCCACUUCCAAACUCGCCAUCCUCCUUGUCUCCGACGUUUAUGGAAGCUUGCUGACAAAGUUGCAGCUGCAGGAUACUAUGUGGUGGUUCCUGAUUUUUUUUAUGGUGAUCCUUAUACGAUGGAGAAAACUUUAUCAAUCUGGAUACAAUCACAUGGAACAGCUAAAGGAUUUGAAGACGCAAAACAGGUUGUUGCAGCUCUCAAAGAUAAAGGUAUAUCUGCAAUUGGAGCUGCAGGGUUUUGCUGGGGUGCAAAGGUGGUUACUGAGCUAUCUAAGUCUGACUACAUUCAAGCUGUAGUGCUAUUGCACCCAUCGUUAGUGAAAGUUGAUGAUUUCAAAGAGGUGAAGGCACCAAUAGCUAUUUUAGCUGCUGAGAUAGAUAAAAUCUCUCCUCCAGAGCUUAUUAAGCAGUUUGAGGAGAUUUUAUCAUCAAAACCUGAGGUGGACAAAUUUGUCAAAAUUUUUCCUGGUGUUAAGCAUGGAUGGACAGUGAGAUACAAUGUUGAAAACAAAGAGGCCGUGCAGCAUGCUGAAGAAGCCCACCGGGACAUGUUGGAUUGGCUUACCAAGUAUGUUAAGUACAGUCAGAAGGGAAGUGAACUUAGCAGUGUCCGAGGUCCCCGUUCCUCUAUGUGACUUGACUGUUCUUAGAUGACACAAGCAAACAACUACAAUGAAUUUGCAGUUUUCUUCAUCAGUAUUCCAUACAUUGUCAGCGUAGCGAUUGGUAAUUCAAAAAUAGAAAGAAUAUAAAUAAAGGUGCAUAUGCGGGAAGGGCCCCCCAUACACUGUCAGCAUAGUGAUUCUACUUUAGAGUUAUGUUUGGCUCCAUAAACGAGACAUAAGAUGUCCAGUUUAAAUCUGCUCAUGACCAUGAACCAUUACCAAGUUGUCGGACGUGUACUUCCCAACUUGAUGAUUGGCCUUAAAAUGAUUCUUAAGCUGUGAGUAUAGCCGGGACAAAACAUUCAGAAACUUGUUGAUAAGUCAAAUAGCCAGGAACACUGGCGGAGCUACCCUUGUCCAAGUGGAGUCAGUUGACACUCUGCCGGAAUAUUACACGAUGUAGAAUGUUUUUCGUUUUUAGAUUAUACAUUGAAUUUUCUUGACUU